CACUGUUCCAAAUUUAAACGCGGAGUUUACAGCCGCGUUCAUUCCGUCUGGACGCGCCAGCGCGCAAUGUCAACGCGUUAUAUAAUUUGAAAAUCGAACGCUAAUCCGCCGAUUUAUUUUUUAAUCCUGUGUUUUUGUGGCUAGUGUUUCUUCUUUUCAUUUUCUUUUACUGUGAAUGCACCAACUAAACAAUGGAUAAGCCGACGACUCAUAUGCUGUCCGUGGACGAGCGCCGCGGGGGGACCAAACGCACCAACCAGUAUAUCGCCGCUACUUCCGCGGCCAUCGGCGCCGUGAUCGCGGGGACCAUCCUCGCGUGGACGUCCCCAGCUCUGCCGCAGCUGGAGCCCAAGAAGAACACCACGGAGAGUCACGCGGAGAACCUCCUCCGAGCUGGGCUGAACGCCACCACGCUGAUCAACUCACAGGGCGAUCCGGCAGCGUUCUUGUUGGAUACUGCGCAGAGUGGCUUAGUCUCAUCUAUCCUGGCCAUCGGUGCUGCUCUCGCGGCUCUGCCAGUGGGCAUCCUCGCGCAGCGAUUCGGCAGACGACCCACCAUCCUCAUAUUGGCUAUACCCUUCACCAUCAACUGGGUGCUGACGAUAUUCGCAAAUGGAGCCGGCAUGCUGAUUGCAGCUAGGUUCUUCGCGGGCUUGGGCACAGGUGGCAUUUGCGUCGCCGCUCCCAUGUACAUCAGCGAGAUAGCGGAAACUGCCAUCCGUGGUGCGCUCGGCGCGUUCUUCCAGCUGUUCCUCACUGUUGGCAUCUUGUUCACCUUCCUCGUGGGCGGCUGGACGCACUGGCAGACGCUGUCCAUCAUCAUAGCCGUGUUCCCGAUACUCCUGGUUGCGGUGUUUUGGUGGAUGCCCGAGACACCUCAAUACCUGCUCGGCCAGAACAGACGGCGCGACGCGGAGGCGGCUCUGCGCUGGCUGCGCGGCCCCGACGCUGAUCUCUCUGGUGAACUCGAGGAGAUGCAGAAGGAUAUCGACACCGCGUCUCGUCAGACGGGCGGCUUCCGGACCAUGGUGACCAACCGCGCGUCCCUCAUGGCGCUCAUCUGCUCCCUCGGCCUGAUGUUCUUCCAGCAGUUUAGCGGCAUCAACGCCGUCAUCUUCUACACCGUCAACAUCUUCCAGUCAGCCGGAUCCGAUAUCGACCCUAAAAUCGCCACCAUCAUCAUUGGCGUCGUCCAAGUCGCUGCUACUGUCACCUCGUCCAUGCUGGUGGAAAAAGCUGGUAGGAGGUUGCUGCUGCUUCAGAGUUGUGUUAUCAUGGGCAUCUGUCUUGUCGUUCUCGGUAUAUAUUUCAAGCUGCAAGCUGCUGGCACCAACGUGACCUCCUUUGGUUGGCUUCCUCUCGUCUGUUUGAUCCUCUUUAUCGUUUCUUUCUCUCUCGGCUUUGGUCCUAUCCCCUGGAUGAUGAUGGGUGAGCUCUUCGCUGUGGAAUUUAGGGGUACCGCCUCCGGUAUCGCUGUCAUCACCAACUGGUUACUGGUCUUCAUUGUGACCCUCUGCUUUCCCAUCAUGAGAGCCGCUAUAGGCAUCUACAGCUGCUUCUGGUUCUUCGCGGCGUUCAUGGCCCUCUGCGUGGCGUUUGUCUUCUUCCUCAUCCCCGAAACUAAAGGCAAGACGGUCGCACAGAUUCAAACUAUACUUGGCGGAGGUUCGUAGGUUUGUAUGUUUUUUUUGGAUUCAAAAUUUCUGAGUAUACUUUGCCAUGUGUUUCCUAUUCUUUGGCUACGUCUUCUUUAUUUGAUUCUACUCAAUUUUCUUGUGAUUAUUGUUUAUUAUUAGUUAUUUAUUCAUUGUUUAACGCCUUGUGAACGCGUUGCGUGGUUGUGCUUGGCUCGAAAAUUAUAUUUUUAAUGUUUAAAAACCGAUUCAAAUUUUAAAUCUUGACCAAGUCUGUAGUAUAAGUUAUUUAAUUGGUGUUUCCCUUAUACGUGUAUAUUUUUAAUCUGCAAUGCUUUUUCCUGAUUAUUAUUCAAAAGCCGUAGUUUUCUUUUUAACCCCGUUUUUGCGGAGUUUAUAUUUUAAACAGGGGCACCAACUGUACAAAAAUUAUGAUUGCUGUUUGUUUUUUAAUUUUUGAUGACAUUUUAUAUUAUUUUUUGACAGCCAUAGAUUUCUUCACUGAAAUUUCCGCUGUGAUUACCUAUAAUUAAU